GUCUCUUUCCUCCUACUCCAUGUCGCUCCCCCAUAUAAUUGCUAGGAAGGCUCAUAGCGAUGGGCAUACAUGUCUUGCAUUCUCAUCUGAUGGAACCCACGCUUUUACUGGUGGCUCAGAUUGUGCCGUUCGUGUUUGGAAGGCUGCGGAGGGAGCUGAGCAGGAACCGGGAAAUGCAACAGAUGCAGAGCAGCCUGUUACAACCCUUGCAGCCUCAGAUGAUUGCUGGCUAUCAGGGAGUGAGGAUGGAUGUGUUCGCCGAUAUAUCAAAGAUAAGGAUGAACUACACGGUAACAUAACAGAAGAAGCUGCUCUCGCUGUAAGAUGUAUAGCUCUGAACGAGCAAGGGACGCGACUAGCAGUCACUUCAGACAAUCCUAGCGCCAAAGUGAUUGAUAUGGAGGACACCUUGAAACUCACAACAUUGUAUGGUCAUAGGCAUAAUGUACGCAGAGCAUCCUGGCGUCCCAAAUCUUCGAUACUUAGUACUUGCGCUUCUGAUGGAGAAAUAAUUCUUUGGGAUCUUUCUGGAGAGGAGCCUAUGAUUUUGCAUACAUUAGAUGGCAUGAUACCUUCAGUUACUGAUCCUAGUGCACCGGAGUUUUUGCACGACUGUUCUGUCAUCUGGCAUCCAUCAGGCGAACAAUUCUAUGUCAUCUCCAGAACACAUGAUGUCAUAAGCAUUUCGGGCAAGGAUUGGGCGCAGUCAGGGAAGUUCGUAGACAAAGAAGUUGCAGGAACGACCACAGCGUUAGCGAUAUCUCCGAAUGGCGCAUAUCUUGCAACAGCUUGUCAAUCGACCGUCUAUAUAUGGACCACCGAUAAACGACAAGUUAUUGCCAAGCAAUCAGGGACUUCUGGAGCAGUUAUCACUCAACUUGCGUUUUCCCCAAAGGAACACCUGAUUGCUUGGACAGAUGCGUCAGGAAACUUUGUACGAUGGCGCGAACCUAUCCCUUCUAAUCUACCGAGCUCCAUCAAACGUAUAUCCCCUGCAACGACCGCGACAUCGAAGUCUAACUCGGGUGCCCCGCAAGGUGUCGAUCUUUUUGACGAGAAUAAUGGACUUUCUCUGGAUGAUCUUGAGGGCUUCGAAGAGCUAGAUGACCCUACCGCAGGAGAUGAAGGAGGAGACGGCUUCAACAUUGACGAUGCAGAUUUUGUCAUCGAUGAUGUUGGUGGUUAUUUGGAGGACAAACCCGCAACGUCUCGAGGAAAUGUUCACGGUCUUGUAAAAGAAAUGGUGAGCAUCACCAAAGCUCAGCCUGCAUUUCAACCCGGAGCAACGCCGUUCCAAGGAAACAAGCGAUAUUUGGCUUACAAUAUGCUUGGUGUCAUUGAGACAACUCGAUCUGAACAGGAGGAAUAUAACCUCGUCAGUGUGGACUUUUUCGACAAGUCAGCCCGGAAGAGUUACCACUUCAACGAUACUCACAAAUGUCAUCACGCGUACUUGGGUGAACGAGGGGCAUUAUUUGCCAGCGACACGCUUGUUCUAUACAAACCUUACGGGUCAUGGACAACCUCGCAAAAUGAUUGGACCUAUUCGUUGAAGAAGACAAACACAAAGGUGUUAGGAAUCUGUGCAGGGGGUAUGACCCCCUCUCGAAGCUUCAAGAACGAUUCCGACAGCGACCUUAUGGGCUUCGGGAAUAUCGUUGUGGCAACAUCCGAGGGUCAUCUAAUAGUUCUCUCCGGGACAGGGCGGGAACGGCGGAUUAUCGCUCUGGGUGGUGAUUUUGUCACCAUGGUGGCAGGGGAUGAGUGGGUGUUGGUAAUAUACCGACCGGGAGCAACGACGAUCGACGGUUCUCAAUCGCUUUGUUACAAAUUAUACCAUUUCGACGAUUUAAGCGUUCGACAGCGAGACGAACUUCCUAUUUCAAAAGGACAUACUCUCAAAUGGAUUGGUAUUACUCAGGAAGGCGCGCCCGUAAUCUUUGAUAGCUCUGGAUUGGUGCACCUUGUAGUCAAACAUCGUGUCCCCCACCACGCUACGUGGGUCUGCAUUCUGGAUACGAACCUUUUAGAACGCCGAGCUGGGAAGGAUGAGUCGUACUGGCCGAUUGGUAUAACGGGAAACACAUUCAUGUGUCUGAUUUUGAAGGGUCGCCAAGAGCAUCCUGGAUUUCCGAGGCCCCUUGUUCAAGAACUUCCUCUGCGUAUGCCUUUCAAUACGCAAAAUGAGAAAGAGGAGGAGAUUGAGAGGGAACUUCUGUUCAAAGAACUGGCAAUGGAGAGCUUGGACGGGGACGAGUUAACAACAGAUAAUAUCCUCUCCAAAGAACGAGCAAUCGACAAGGAGCUUGUCGUACUUAUUCAAGGAGCCUGCAAGGAAGACAACAUCAACCGAGCGGUGGAGUUGACGAAAUUGCUCCACAACCUUCAGACUUUCGAUAUUGUGGCAAAAAUUGCCGACUUCUAUCACCUUGUUGGAUUUAAAGAGAAGGUUACGGUACUGAAACGAAUCAGAGAGAAUAGUGAAGAUCGCUUCGAGGCGGCACGAGAAAAGCGUCGCCGGUGGAAUAAGAUUGAUACUCGUCCUCAGCGACUUCCGGAUGUUGAUUCGAAUGGUACAAUUUCAAAACCGAAAGCAUUCCAGGAUUUCGGCCCGCCGCCAGCUAUUUAUAGACCAGGUUUGACUCGUGCUACGCCUUCAGUAGAGGGUACAAAAUUCUCAUCUUCCACAUCUCAACCUCCCUCUGAGGACACAUGGAGCGACCCACUAGCACCAUCCACCAACGCUCCGUCAUCGGAGAAGCGUAAACGAAUUGACUUUGAAGACGUAGAGAUGGAGUCCCAAAGUGAUAUCGGUGUCCCGAUGCCUCCGCCGAAACAAAAGACAAAUCCCUUCGCUCGUAAGCCUGCAGCGGAAACCAAUAAAAAUCCUUUCGCAAGAAAAGCAGGUAACAAGACCAUUUUGCAGAGUGAAAGCUUUUUCGAAAAAGUCGAUGCGGCUGAAACUACACCCGCGAAGGCUAAGAAAAAAAGUAACAAAGAGAAAGAUAAACCAUCAGAGAAAAAGGAGGGACCCCGUCAACAGACGUUGUUCGGCUUGUUUGGUGCGAAUCAGAACGAGGGUGCUAAAAAGGGCUCUACGAAGAGAAAAACCGGAUUGACGCCUCCUCCGGACGAGCCUGAGUCUCAGGCCAGCGAUAUCACGAUGGCAGAUGCGUCGCAAAUAGAGACGCAACCAGAUGGAUGGGAGGAAACGCAAUUGAUUGACGAUGAACUAUAGGUAACUUAUUGCUCGGACAUAAUAUGUGUUAUAAUAUGUAUCGCCUACCUUUAUACCAUUUCCAUGUAUCUAACUCUAAUUUCCUACAUAAACGCAGCAUCCGUCGCGCACAACAGUUCUAUGCACGUCGCGCGGAGAUUGUUCCUUGCAAUCGGUUCUCAUUCUUGCCUCUUUGCAGGUGGAAAGAUGUGAGCAGCUCGGGUGCUCGAUUUUACUUGGAAGCUUCUGCAAGAAGGAGGAGACAUGAAUGAUAAAUCAAGUC